AUGGAUGAUGAUUGGGAUGAUGUUGGGGAUGUGGCAGUGCAGCCUCCAGCUUAUGACAACAACUAUGAAAGGAAAGUUGAUGAAGGUCACAGUCUCUCAAGAGGUAGAGGGUUCCAAUCCUUCAAGGAAGAUGAUGAACUUAAUGGAGAAAACGGCAGAGAAUAUGAAAACGGAUUUGGUGGAGACAGACGUGGGCGUGGUGGACGUGGUGGAGGCAGAGGUCGGGGUGGCAGAGGAGGCCGCGGUGGUGGCAGAGAUAGGGAACCUCGCGACUAUGAAAAUGGUGACCAUGACAAUGACGACAAAAGAGGCGGGGAGAGAGGCGAGCGUGGCCGUGGUCGAGGUCGUGGGCGCGGCGGCCGCGGCGGUGGAGGCAGCGACAAUGGUGGACGCAACAGCGGCGGAGGAGACCGCAACGAAGGCAGUCCUGAAGACCCUGAAAAGAAGCCCCCAGUCACUUAUGUACCGCCUCCCCCCACUGAAGACGAAAAUGAAAUAUUCAGCAGUACUAUUAGCUCUGGUAUCAAUUUUGAUAAGUUUGAUCACAUUGCAGUUAAGGUCAGUGGAGAAAAUGCACCAAGAGCUAUUGAUAGCUUUGAAACUGCAAACUUGAGGAAAUAUGUUGUGGACAAUAUACUCAAAGCUGGAUAUAAAAAGCCAACACCUAUCCAAAAAAAUGCUAUCCCAAUAAUUAUGUCCGGAAGGGAUCUCAUGGGCUGUGCACAAACUGGCUCAGGAAAAACGGCGGCCUUUCUCUUGCCUAUUAUAAAUGUUUUGCUUCAAGAUCCAAGAGAAUUAGUAGUUGGAGCAAAUGGAUGCGCACAACCUCAGGUAAUAAUAGUAUCACCAACUCGUGAAUUAACUCUCCAAAUAUUUAAUGAAGCAAGGAAGUUUUCAUAUGGAUCAGUACUAAAAAUUGCUGUCGCUUAUGGAGGCACAGCAGUUCGCCAUCAAGGGGACAACAUAGCAAGGGGUUGUCACAUUUUGGUUGCAACGCCAGGACGCCUCCACGACUUUGUGGACCGCUCCCGCGUGUCGUUUGAUGGAGUUAGGUUCGUUGUGUUGGACGAGGCAGACCGUAUGUUGGACAUGGGCUUUAUGCCCAGCGUCGAAAAGAUGAUGGACCACCCUACCAUGGUCUCCAUUGAUCAACGACAAACACUUAUGUUCUCGGCUACAUUCCCUGAAGAUAUCCAGCACUUGGCUGGCAGGUUCUUAAACAAUUACUUGUUUGUGGCCGUCGGUAUAGUUGGCGGUGCCAGUACCGACGUAGAACAAGUUUUUCAUCAAGUCACCAAGUAUGAGAAGCAAUCCACACUUAAAAAGUUAAUUGAAGAGAAUGAUGGUAAGCGUAUCCUGGUAUUUGUUGAGACAAAACGCAAUGCGGACUUCAUAGCAGCUAUGCUUUCGGAACAGCAAAUGUUGACUUCAUCUAUCCAUGGCGAUCGUCAACAGCGCGAACGAGAGGAAGCGCUCGACAACUUCAAAAGUGGACGCCAUUGCAUACUCGUCGCAACAGCGGUAGCGGCUCGAGGCCUCGAUAUCAAGAACGUUGACAUAGUAGUCAAUUAUGAUCUCCCAAAGAGUAUAGAUGAGUAUGUGCACAGGAUUGGCAGGACCGGUCGUGUGGGCAACAGAGGAAAAGCUGUUUCUUUCUUUGAUUCAGAUCAGGAUAUUGCAAUUGCGGCGGAUUUAGCUAAAAUUUUAAAACAGGCUGACCAAACUGUGCCCAACUUCUUGGAAGGCGGCGGUACCGCCACAUAUAAGGGCAACAAAUAUGGUGGCAGCGAUAUUCGAGAUUUCAAUAAUGCAACUUCGAAUGUUGAACAAGGUGCAGAGCCAGAUGAAGAAUGGUAG